AGGUUAACCCCUACAGGUCUGAAGGCCUGUACUAAUUGCUGGCAUGUUCUAAGAGCGAUUCCUCAGCCACCAUGAAAGGUCUAGGAACCAGCCGAUGUCGUCACCUCUCUGACUCAUGUGAACCGGGAGGAUGCCCCCAAAAUCCUCUGUGUCCUUUGACAUCUGACCCUCACAGCUCCUUUCUGUUGAGCCCAACCAUAAACCAUUAUGGCACUCUGGACCCCCAUCUACACCAGUGCUCUCCCACCAGCCCCACCUCUCUGGCCCCUGACUGUAUUUUGCCUUUCGGCCAGAUGACCAGCAGCAGCACCUUCCCUCGUCUGCAUUUCAGUCCCCAGGCUGACCAGCUGGACUGCUCCCAGGCCUGCAUGGCUGGUGGUGGGGGAGCUGGACAGGGCAGCAGGGGAGGAACUCUAUCCUCAUCCUUGUCGAUGGGGAUGGGCUUGGGUCUCGGACUCAGUGGCGCUCCCAUGAUAACCAGCGGCUCAGCCACCAUCUCCUCUGCAGCGGCAGCCAAGAUGAACCGCUUACCUUCCAACCUUCUGGACCAGCUGGAGAGGCACUUGCCCCUUCAGCGCGAUGGCUUCAGCACCUUGCAGUUCCACAGAGGACGCAUGUCCAAGCAGCGCAGCGAGAGUCCGGGACGCAUACGUCACCUCAUGCACUCUGUGCAGAAGCUGUUCGCCAAGUCCCAGUCUUUGGAAAACUCUGCAACGAAGGGUAGCCUGAACGGGCGUUCCGCUGGAGGAACAACCAGCGGAGGUGAGGAGGGCGGCAGACCAAGUCGCAGGAGCAAGAGCAAAGACAGGGCAAAGACUGAGGGGCAGAAACAGAGGCCUAGACCUAACACCAUAGCCCUCUGGAGCUCUGAUGAUGCCCUAGACGCUGAUACUACCAAAGCUGGCACUAUUGCUGUAGGUUACCGCAACCCACUGAGCAUGAUGACUCUUGGCAGAGCGGUGUCAGACAGCCAGGCGCCUCUCAGACAUAUCCCACAGGGCUACAACACCAUCGCUGCACACUCUCUUAAGGCCUCAAAAAGCAGCAGUGACCUUAAGUUCCUGGCAUGUCCAGCCACCCAAGUGGUGUCCAAGGACGAGGAAGCAAGAACCAGAGGAAGCAAGGAUGAUAUGGUGGUCAAGAGGGGCUCCUGGUCUACCCUCACCCUCAGCCAGGCCAGGCAAGUGUUGCAAAAGGGCUCCGCUACAGUCAACAGGACUCUGCUUAAGUCAAAGUCGUGCCAUCAAGACUUGGCACAACAGUUCCUUCAGGUCCCUCUGGAGGACUGGACGGGAACUUUGGGUCGUGGACGGACCAGAGGAACUGAGAUCCCGUGUCGAAGGAUGCGAAGUGGCAGCUAUGUGAAAGCCAUGGGUGACCUAGAAGACAGCGAGGACUCGGAGGGGAGCCCGAAGCCUUCCCCCAAAUCUGCGGCUCGGCGUCAGAGCUACCUGAAGGCCACCCAGCAGUCCCUGAGCGAGCAGCAGCCGCCGCUGGCCCCACGCAAGCCCCGCUGCUACGCUCUCAUGCGGGAGGAUUAUCUGUGGUCUCCUCUACAGAGUGCAUGCUCUAUGCAGCAUCUGAGCUCCCUGCCGUGCCUGAAAGAGCUGAACACUAAUCGGAGCCUUGAUAAUUUGGACUGCCUGGUGAGCCCGCUGGAGGCCCCGCCGUGCCAGGGGAACAUUGAUUUCAGCCAGUGCUCUAGCACACUGGGCAGAGGCUUGGCCUCUCAGCGUGUGAGUCUGCACACGUUCUUUCAGGUAUGCGGGCAGGGCUGUGGGCACCCUGUGUCGUACUGUGAGGGGGAGUCACAGGCGGUGGAGGCCCUGGAUCUUCCGGCACCAACGUGCUUCCGCUCACGCAGCCACAGCUACCUGCGGGCCAUACAGGCCGGCUGCUCCCAGGAUGAAGACUCUGCCUCUUUGGACUCAGAGUCGCCACCACCCAUCACUGCAGGCUACAGCUACAGUUCCAACACAAGAUUUUCGCGUCACCCACAAAGCAUCAGCAAUAGGAAAGCUCCUCCAGUUCCACCUCGCACCACCUCAAAGCCCCUCAUCUCAGUGACUUUGCAGAGCAGCACCGAGUCUGCCCAAGACACGUACCUGGACCAGCAAGACCGUGGGAGCGAGGCCAACAGCCAUUCAGGGUGCAGCAACUCAUCUGACAGUCUGUGUAGCGUCCGCACCGGCGGCCUGGCCAAGGGGACCCAGCCGCCGCCCGCCGUCUCUGCUGCUGCCACCGCUGCGCCUCCCCCAGCCUCCGGGCCUCCCGUUCCAGCCCCCCGGGACCUGUCCUCCACCACCACUGUUGCUACCACCUCUACGUCCACGUCUACCGAUCCCCAACAUGACCCCGUAAGCACGGGAGUAUACUUAGAGCAGCCCCCAACGGCACCCAAGAGGAAGCUGUCCUCUAUUGGAAUCCAGGUGGAUUGUCUUGUUCCAGUCCUAAGAGAAGAGCCCUUUUCUCUGUCUGCACCUCUAAAGUUUCAGUCGAUUGGAGUUCAAGUUGAAAACGGCAGGCCUCUUAGCCGGGACAGCAGCAUGGCCUCCAGACAAAACACAGAGACUGAGUCUCAGCUGCAGAAUGCUGCAAACGCAGAAAACAACAUAACCAACUGCACCAACAGCCAGCCAUUGAACUCCACCACGACCAACGGACAGAACAAAGCCAUGGAACAGCAGCCCCUUAAACACAUCUCAGCUUCAUCCAGGAUAUCCAUCGAGACCCUGGACCCGGCUUUAGACCCCUCCUCCCUGCCACCACCUGAUCCCAGCCUCGAGUCCGGAAACUGCAGUGUGCAGGGAGAUGCCGGUCAGCCCAGUACGCCAGCCUGUCUGAGAGACGGCAACUGGUUUCUGAAGCUACUGCAGGCAGAAACGGGCCGCAUGGAGGGCUGGUGUCGACAGAUGGAGCAGGAGACCAAAGACAACAAGCUCUCAGAAGAGGUGUUGGGGACGAUACGCAGUGCGGUAGGCAGUGCUCAGCUCCUCAUAUCCCAGAAGUUUGAGCAGUUCAGAGGCCUCUGUAAUGAGAACUUGAAUGUAAACGCCAACCCUCGACCUACAGCCCAGGACCUCGCGGGGUUCUGGGAUCUGCUGCAGCUCUCCAUAGAAGACAUCAGCAUGAAGUUUGACGAGCUCUACCAGCUAAAAGCCAACAACUGGCAGCUUCCUGAGAAGCCAUUGAAGAAGGAUGAAAACAAGCAGCUUCCAUCAUCCGUGCCAAAGAAGCCGUCCAAGCCACGGCUGUCGACGGGGAAGGACAGGAGCGUGGACUCGGCAGUGGACAAGCAGCGACAAGAGGCCAGAAAGCGUCUGAUGGCAGCAAAGCGGGCGGCGUCCGUGCGGCAGAACUCGGCGACGGAAAGCGCCGACAGCAUCGAAAUCUACGUCCCCGAAGCACAGACCCGCCUCUGAGAGGCGAGCCCGUGCCGGUCGUCAUCAAAAUAACUCGUAUCCGGCCCUCACAGAUACAGACACACAGAUCUGAGAUGAACACACUUAAACCAUAGCACGGAUGCACAGGUUGAUCCUUCUUAGCGAGCACGCUGACUACAGGACACACAUGGGGAUCACAGAGCACCGGGACAGUCCAGAGCAAUGCAGAUCAUCAGUCAGCUGCAACGGGACAGAAAAAACCUUUACAGAUGUUUAAUACUAUUGUUGUUAUUAUUGAUAUUAUAAUAAUUAUCUCUUAAAGUAUUUCCAGACUGUCUUAAUUGUGUAAGUAUCUUGAAUAAGGACAUCAUCUACCUUGUGAGCUGAAGAAUCUUGGCAUCCCAGAAGUUUACUCUCUUUAAAGAAAAAAAGAAAAGAAAAAAAAACUCCUUUCACAGCCGAGUCCACCAGCUAAUCGAGGCUGCACGGCUACAGGCUGAGCUACCAUCCACACACACUCAGGACACAUGCAGGUGUACUCACUGUCCACCGAGUCUUCCUGUUCUCUCUUUGUAUUGGACUGCCACCCGCCGCGUGCGGUGUGGGGAUUUUAAGAUGGCGUUAAUGUACUCAGAGGUUUUAAAUGCAGAGAAGCAGAGGAAGGCAGUAGCAUAUAUUAUAUAUAUAUAUAUAUAAUACACUAUUACAAUGUUAAUUUUGUAAAUGUUGUAUACCAAAUUAAUUGUUAGAAAGAGGUCAGUGUUCAGCACCAAGGUAGUUUUUUAUAGAUCGAGUACAUUUACCGUCAUGAUAUAUUAGCACUUGAUGCAAUCAUUUACUCCACACCUUUCUCUCUUCUGCUCCUUGUCACAAACACCCACUACACAGCCUGUGUGUGAAUACCCAUUGUUAAAGUCUUACAUUGUUUUAGUUUUGGGAAGGAAUUCGGGGAAUGGAAGUGGCGCUACAGUGGAAUGUAUGACGUGUAUCUAUUUCUAGCUCAUGUUGACUUGAUCGCUGCACUUUCCGCUCACCUCAGAUCAAGUUUGC